AUGACCAGCCAUUCAAAAGGAAGCUCAAACGCGAAACCAGUAAAAAGGAAGAGUGAAGAACCAGAGGAUAACGUAUCAGAGGACUACACAAGUGACCAGUCCAGUGGAGUGGAUAAUGACGAUUUCUCAGACCAAUCUGACGACCUCAACUCAUCCACCACAGUAACAGAAGAGGACAGUUUAGACCAAGAAGAAGACUCAACCACACUGGAUGGGAAUGAGUCAAGUUUUGGUGACAGAGAGGAUGGAUCCGAUUCUGGCCAGUACGGGAGUGAUGAUGACAGUGAUGAUGACUUUGCCUCCGAUAACAGUCAGAACAGUGAUAACACUGACACCACUGCAUAAAGCAUAAUAAAGUUA